AUGGCGGACGGGGUGGGCGGCGCCGCCCGGGGACGCGAGGCGGCCGACCCCAGGCUGCACGUAAACAACUUGCCUGCCGAAGUCAGUGAGGCCGAGGUGCGGGAUGUCUUGGAGGAGGUCGGACCCGUGAAGAGCUUGAGGCUGAUCACAGGGGAAGGCAGCAACCUGGCUGCAAUCUGUGAGUAUUAUGACAUGCCAACAGCACAGAGUGCUCGGAGAAAUCUGGAUGGGGCCCUUAUCCAAGAGCAGUCCAUCACUGUGCGUUUCCUGGUUGAGGUGUCCUCAACAAUGCCUGAAUUGGCAACCCAAGAGGAGGGGAAAGAAAAUGGUGCACCCAAGGCAGUGCCUGAGUCUGCUGAGGGCCUCAUGAGUUCACUGCCUGGCUUUCCAACCACGGGUCCUCAAGACGAUGCCACACUUGCCGACGUCGUCAAUAACAUGAACCAGUCGCAGCUCCUUGAGGUCAUGUGGCAAGUGAAGGAGGCGGUGCAUCUGGACCCAAAAGUCGUGCGUGAGUCGCUGGUGGACAAGCCCAGCUUCUUGCGGGCCUUGUUUGAUGCCCAGCUAAACCUGGGGAUGGUGAAUGUCCCUGACGAGGGUGGCUCAGAGGUGACGGGCCCGAUCAUGCAGCAGCUCUUGAGGAUGCUGAAGCCCUUGAAGGCAGAGCCCAAGGCUGCGGAUGCGCAUCCCCGAGGGAAACACGGCCCCUCUGGCGGCCGUCCACCUGGCCCAUCGCGAGCUCAACGAGCCCCGUUCCCAAAGACAGAGACCCCAGCUCCAACCCCUCCGAGGGGCCAGCUCCCCUCAGCUCCACAGCGGCAGCACAUGCGGAAGGCCCAGUCGCAUCGUGGCGCCCGCACAGCAGCCCCCCCACAACCCCCACGGAGGGACCGCCUCACCUUUGCGCCUCCGCCAACUCAGCCUCCCUCCGCAAUCCACACUGAGCCCCGCACCAAGGAGCCACGCCUCGUGAGCCCGCCCGACGACCUGCUGAAAGACCCCAGGCUGGAGAGCCUGCUGCACGACACGCUGAAUGACCCGAGGCUGGGCAGCCUGCUGCAGGAGCUGCCCGACAUUGGCCGGAGCGGGCCGUACCCAUUGCCUGUGCAGCCGUCCGGACUGCCCCUUUCUGCCCAACAGCAGCAGCGGCCGCCACCUCCUGCAGGGAUCGUCCCGUUGAGCCAGCCACCGCCCAACAUGUUGCUCCCAGCCCAUGGACGUCUGGUGGGUGCACCCACCAGGCCUAGUGGGCCCCAGCAGUUGGGAGGCAGCCAACCCAGCCCCUUGCAAGGAAAAGGCCAUCAGACUGGUGGCAAUGUGUUGUUGGCCCCCCCGAUGCUACAGUCCAGCCAACCACAGGCCAGUGCCAUGCAGAUGGAAGGCCAGGCCAUUGGCGGGCAAAGGCCCAGGCAGGUCGGCCCCGGGGUGGUGGUGGUGUCCCAGCUGCCCCAGGGUGGCGUGCAGAUGGGCCAGCAGCCGUCGCGCAGUCCUGUCGUGCACGUGGGCGGCAACCCUGGGGAGCUCAUUGUGCAGAGCCCCUGGCAGGUGCAGCACCCACAGCAUGCUGGCGUGGGCAUGCCCGGGGUGUCUUUCCAGAACGUGGUGCCACAGCAGCAGGUGAGGCUGGACGGGCUGCCGCAGCCCGGCGGGAUCGUGAUCGGGGGAGGGCCCUCUGGCCCAUCCGUCCUGAAUGCCCCUCGGCCGAGGGGGAACUUUGGUGGCGACACGGCCAGCCGGGCGCAGUCGGGGCAGGUCAUGCCAUGGAACCAGUACAUGGGCCAGGGGGGAAACAUGAUCACACAGGUGGUACCAGGCCCCUCGGCUGUCCACGUGCAGAUCCCUGGGAGGGGGGGAGGCGGUGGGCGGGGUGGCGGGCCGCAACCCCGCGGCGGCAAGGGCGGGUGGAGAAAACGCGGGGAGAACACGUCUGGGGGGCGGUGGAGGGGCGGGGGCGUGUCAAAGAGGGGAAGGGGAGAGAGGGGGGGGAGGGCGGAGAGAGGCGGCAGGACGGGUCGAGGACGGGUUUGGCGAAAGUAG